AUGCUGUUGGUAGAAAGAACGCAAGAGGCAAGUGAAAUGGCUGUCAAAGAGAUCAAAGAAAUGGCAGAGCGAAAAAAGAAGGGCAAGAAACGUGGUUUCGAUGAUAUUGACGACUCUGAGGAAGUACCAGCAAAGUUCAAAAAGUCUUUGAAAGGAAAGAAAGGUGGUGGGAAGGCAAUACGCAAAGGACCUAGGGUUCGAUGA